AUGUCAUUAUCCUCAACCUGCAUCGGUAACACCGAAAAUGAAGAAGCCAACAUAAUUAACCUGGUCUACAACUUUGACUGGUCAUCGACUUCUCUUGGUCCUAUGGACUCAUGGGAACCUGUAAUAAAAACUGUUAUGGGCGUGUGCCUCAGAUCUACAUUUCCCAUCUGUCUCCAUAUCGGUCCGCCAGAAUGGAUCUUACUAUAUAAUAAAGGAUUUUCAGAUAUAUUAAAAACGAGACAUCCGUUUGCUUUAGGAAAAUCAACCAAGGAAGUUUGGCCUGAAAUAUGCGAGAUUGUUAUUUCACAACUUGAAGAAGUAAGAAAAUCAGGAAAAGGAAUGUUUAAAAAAGACGAAUAUUUUGAACUAGAACGUGAUGGGUAUAAAGAAGAAUCUUAUUUUAAUUAUACAUUUAGUCCGAUUUUCAAAUCGGAUGGCACAGUUUGGGCUAUAAUGAAUAUGGCACAAGAAACUACUCAAAGAGUUUUAAAUGCUAGAAGGUUAAAAGUACUAAGCGAAUUUGGAAAUCGAACUUCUGAUUGA